CCUAAGUGAGUCCCUCAAGGGCGCUUAGUCCUUGGCCUGGUAAGUUGUCUUGAUGUUAAAAGGGAGUAGGCACCCGCUCAAGCUUCGUGAAACUCAACUUCUCUAGUAUUCUUUGACACAGGCACCAGUGUUCUUGCUUCCUUCGUUGAUCUACUAUAUAUAUAUAUACCAGCUAUAUCAGUCUGCAAGCCAGGUAUGAAUCCCACCAAAUGAUUGGGCGUCCUUCAUUGACUAGCCUUAUUAAAAGGACCUACAAUACCAUGGGAAAACUAUUCAAGACCAUUGUCGGUGUCGGCAAAGUCAUCACGGGUCGCCCAGCUGACCUUAAGAAAUUCUUCAAUCCAACAGCCGACCGAGGCAAGACAGUGUGGCCAAAGUCACAGGCUGACCUACUCCGCUAUGGGGUACGCUGGGAUUACGACGGCGUUAUUACACGGGAAGAUGGCAAAGAAUAUCACAAAUAUCAACUCCAGCCAAAUGCUGGCAAAAUCCCUUCCACCAUCAAAGAAUGGCGAGAUCACAACGGAGGCACACAUGCAGUGAUAGCGACCAUGUAUAUUGAGAGGGGAACUGACCCGGAUGAUGAAACCUUUGAGCUCGCCGUGAGAAACUCGCUUGAAGAACUCUAGCAGCAGUACCAAGUGUGUUGAGAUAUCCUGUGUUCAAUGAUUUGAGAGCCUGCGCCCUUUCAUGUGACAGCUGAACACAUCCAUGUCUUGUAUAGUUUGGGUUGAGGGAAGUUGAGGAUAAUGAAUAGUAUUGUUGGGAAAGCCCUACCAGUCCACCAAGGACAUCAAUUGGCGAAUUGGUCAGACCGGUAGGGCCUUCGAAU